UUUCUUAUUUUCAAUUCUCCAGGCUGGUGUGGACUUUACAGCCGCGACUAAAAAGAAACUGAUCAUGCGAUGACUGAGCGCGCUUUGGGCACAUCUACCGAGUCCAUUACAGGAGGUGAAUGAUGGCCGAGGAUGGGGGAAAUCUCUCCGGGGUCCCCGACGCCAGGGACUCGGAGGGUCGCUCCUCUCUGCCGAGGACUUUCAUCCGGCUUAACGACCUGUCCGGGCUCGGGAGCGGAGGAGGUGGUGGAUGUGGAGGAGUAUUAGGAGGACCGUCCUCAUCCUCAUCAUCAUCUGGAGGAGCGGAGCGCGGAGAAGUGGUGGCGGCGGUGUUGGAGCCGGCGUCUCCUGCGCCCGACGGGAUCUCCACAGGCGGGGAGGACGCGUCGGCGAGCGGCGGGGAGAGCCUCCCCUACCCCACCCUGGCCCCGGUGGUCUUCUUCUACCUGAAACAAACCACCCGGCCUCGCAGCUGGUGUCUCAAGAUGGUCUGCAACCCGUGGUUCGAGCGAGCGUCCAUGCUGGUGAUCCUGCUGAACUGUGUGACGCUGGGCAUGUUCCACCCCUGCGAGGACAUCAAGUGCGAUUCGGACCGGUGCAAGAUCCUGCAGGACUUCGAUGACUUCAUUUUUGCGUUCUUUGCCAUUGAGAUGGUGAUCAAGAUGGUGGCUCUGGGGAUUUUUGGAAAGAAGUGUUAUCUCGGAGACACGUGGAACCGCCUGGACUUCUUCAUAGUACUGGCCGGGAUGUUGGAGUACUCGCUGAACCUGCAGAACGUCAGCUUCUCAGCUGUGAGGACGGUCCGCGUGCUGAGACCACUGAGAGCCAUCAACCGAGUGCCAAGUAUGCGUAUUCUGGUGACACUGCUGCUGGACACCCUGCCCAUGCUGGGAAACGUGCUGCUGCUCUGCUUCUUCGUCUUCUUCAUAUUUGGCAUCGUGGGCGUCCAGCUGUGGGCCGGCCUGCUGCGAAACCGCUGCUUUGUCGAAGACAACUUUUCCUUCCCUCUUUCUGUGGAGCUGGGAAAAUACUACCACACCGAAAACAACGACGAGAAUCCCUUCAUCUGCUCUCAACCCCGAGAGAACGGCAUGAGGGACUGCGGCUCCAUUCCCAAGCUGUACGAGGAAGGGGUCCUGCAGUGCAACCUGGACAUGUACUCCUACAACAGCACCGACAACACCACCUGCGUCAACUGGAACCAGUACUACACCAACUGCUCGGCUGGUCCUCUCAACCCCUUCAAGGGAGCCAUCAACUUUGACAAUAUCUGCUUUGCCUGGAUCGCCAUCUUUCAGGUGAUCACUCUGGAAGGCUGGGUGGACAUUAUGUACUUUGUGAUGGAUGCUCACUCCUUCUACAACUUCAUCUACUUUAUCCUACUCAUCAUUAUCGGCUCCUUCUUCAUGAUCAACCUGUGCCUGGUCGUCAUUGCAACUCAAUUCUCUGAGACCAAGCAGAGGGAGAGUCAGCUCAUGAAGGAACAGCGGGUGCGUUUCAUGUCCAACGCCAGCACCCUGGCCUCCCUCUCCGAGCCGGGCUCCUGCUACGACGAGUUGCUCAAAUACCUGGUCCACAUCAUUCGGAAGGGCGCCAGACAAGUGGCUCACGUCUGCAGGUUCUUGGCUCGUCGCGCAGGUCUAAAUAUCGCUGCCUCGCCCCCGGCUUCCGAUCCCCAACGCAGCCAGAGUCAGAGGAGGAGGAGGAAGACCUCCAGGCAGGGCUCUGUGUCCGUUCAUCACAUGGUGCACCACCACCACCAUCACCACCACCACUACCAUCUGGGUAACGGUAGUGUGAGGGGAGCAGGGAGUAUCAGAUGCCUCGAGGGCAGGGAUGUGGAAGUGGGGGCUCUUAACAACAAUGGAGGAACUCUUGUGGCAACCACCGCAAGCGGGCAUCUGGCUCUGGCGCCAUCGUCUUCGAUAGCAGUAGCAACAUCUGACGCAAACCUUGCGGCUCUGGCCAGUCCUGCUGCUGCAGCAGCAGAUUCGUCCUCAGUACGCAGCGUUUUCAACACAGAAAUCCUUCGUUGCACUCCUUCGCCCACCAACCCAGGCUCUUACUCGCUGGCUCCAGCAGCUGCGUCCAGGGUCAUGAAGAGGAACUCAGUCCCUUUCGCUGCUCCAGGACCGAAAAACUACCCCACCCUUCAGGCCCGAGCCUUGGCAGAAUCCAGAAGGGGGAGCGUUGCAACCAGCACCCUCACAAGUAUGAACCUCAACCUCAACAUCCCCCCUGUACCCCUGGAGAGACGAUUGUCCAGCGUCGUGGACACGCACAAUACAGCUCAGCUCUCCCGCCAGCUGUCGGCCCGUGAACUCAGCACCACCAGCAGCGCCAUGGACACGGCCACUCUGACACUGGACCCCGAGAACUGCCCGUACUGCGCAAAGGCCCUGGCCAACGAGUCCGAGGGCGGCACAGACGGCAACGAGACGCCCGGCGACUCGGACAGCGAAGGCGUGUAUGAAUUCACCCAGGACCUCCACCACAGGGACCGCAGGGACAGCAGGCAGCCCAGGAGGAAGUACCGGAGGCUGGGCAAGACCGCCGCAAAGGUGGUUCACUUCUGGAGGCUGGUGUGUGACACUUUCCGGAAAAUUGUGGACAGCAAGUACUUUGGCCGAGGGAUUAUGAUCGCCAUUCUCAUCAACACCAUGAGCAUGGGAAUCGAGUACCAUGAGCAGCCUGAAGAGUUGACCAACGCCUUGGAGAUCAGUAACAUCGUGUUCACCAGCUUGUUCUCACUGGAGAUGUUGCUCAAGGUUUUGGUCUACGGGCCGUUUGGUUACAUCAAGAACCCCUACAACAUCUUUGAUGGCAUAAUCGUGGUCAUUAGUGUGUGGGAGAUCGUGGGCCAGCAGGGCGGCGGUCUGUCGGUCCUGAGGACCUUCCGGCUGAUGCGGGUGCUGAAGCUGGUCCGCUUCAUGCCGGCCCUGCAGAGGCAGCUGGUGGUGCUGAUGAAGACCAUGGACAACGUGGCCACUUUCUGCAUGCUGCUCAUGCUUUUCAUCUUCAUCUUCAGUAUCCUGGGGAUGCAUCUGUUUGGCUGCAAGUUUGGAUCGGAGAGAGACGGGGACACGCUCCCAGACAGGAAGAACUUCGACUCUCUGCUCUGGGCCAUCGUGACCGUCUUCCAGAUCCUGACCCAGGAGGAUUGGAACAAGGUGUUAUAUAACGGCAUGGCCUCCACCACUCCGGUUGCCGCCCUCUACUUCAUCGCCCUCAUGACAUUCGGCAACUAUGUGCUCUUCAACUUGCUGGUGGCCAUCUUGGUUGAGGGGUUCCAGACGGAGGAAGUGUCCAAGCGGGAGGAAUUGCAUGCCCAGCUGAGCCUAAUUCAGCUGCCUGUAGAGUCAGGGGGUGACGCUUCUAAAUCAGGUUCGGAGAUCGAUUCCUUCGCACGAAGUAUGGAGGAUGUUAACGGCAGCAAGAAGGAUCUGUCAGCCUCUGCAGUAGUGCCUGUGAACGGUCACGUGGACCUGAAGACGAGCCUCACUCCGCCGCUAAUCACCCACACUGCCGCCACCCCGAUGCCAGUGCCAAAGCUGCCCGUGGCAGGCGACCCCAUCCUGGGGUACGAGUCCCGUCGGGGCAGCAGCGUCUCCAUAGACCCAGCCUGCUAUGACAAAUCGCCGACCAGCGCUCGCAGCUCCUCCCCGUACGCCCCGUGGAGCUCUGGCAGCGGCCGGACCAGCCGCAGGUCCAGCUGGAACAGCCUGGGUCGGGUCCCGUCGCACAAACGGCAAAAGCGGCAGUCCGGAGAACGACGGUCCCUUCUGUCCGGGGAUGGCGGCUCCAGCUCGGAGGAAGGAGAGGGUGGCGGAGAAGAGGGAGGGGGCCUAAUGGAGGAAGACGAUGCAUCAUUGGCCAGAACUGACUCCAUGUCCCAGUCUCAAGGGGGGCCCAGACACAGGAGGAUGGAGUCGGUGGAGACUCGGAGCUCGAUGGAUUUGCCCCCAGAUGCACUGCUGCAGGUGCCCUACCUUUACCGCUCGGCCAGCAUGCACAGCUCCAGGCCGCCCUCGCUGGGCCACCUGCGGCCCCCAGAACACAGCGACUGCAACGGGAAGGGAUCUCCAUCAGCCCUGGGUCCAACGCACGUCUCGCUGGAGGACAACACUGAAGACGAGAACGUCGAAGAGGAAGUCAACCUGGGUCGUGUCGCCAGGCUGUUCCGCUGGCUGGAGAAGAAACAGCCCGAGUGGUGUCGACAGAGAGAUACCUGGUCACUCUACCUCUUCCCUCCAGAAUCAAGGUUUCGGAUCGGCUGCAAUAAGAUCAUCACCCACAAGAUGUUCGACCACGUUGUGUUGGUCAUCAUCUUCCUCAACUGCAUCACCAUCGCGAUGGAGAGGCCUCGGAUUGACCCCAGCAGCGCUGAGCGGAUCUUUCUGACGUUGUCCAACUACAUCUUCACAGCGAUCUUCGUGGCCGAGAUGACCGUCAAGAUUGUGGCUUUGGGCUGGUGCUUUGGGGAUAAAGCCUACCUGAGGAGCAGCUGGAACAUCCUGGACGGGAUGCUGGUGAUGAUAUCUGUCAUUGACAUCCUGGUCUCCCUAAUAUCAAACUCCGGGACCAAGAUCCUGGGCAUGCUGCGAGUUCUGAGGCUGCUGAGGACUCUGAGGCCACUCCGUGUGAUCAGCCGAGCCCCGGGGCUGAAGCUCGUGGUGGAGACUCUCAUGUCGUCCCUGAAGCCCAUCGGCAACAUCGUGGUCAUCUGCUGUGCCUUCUUCAUUAUCUUCGGCAUCUUGGGCGUCCAGCUUUUCAAGGGGAAGUUCUUCAUUUGUCAGGGGGAGGAUGUGAGGAACAUCACCAACAAGUCGGACUGCUUGCUUGCAAGUUACAGAUGGGUGAGGCACAAGUACAACUUUGACAACCUGGGACAGGCGUUGAUGUCGCUCUUUGUUCUGGCAUCAAAAGACGGCUGGGUAGACAUCAUGUACGAUGGACUUGACGCUGUCGGAGUUGAUCAACAGCCAAUUAUGAACUACAACCCGUGGAUGCUGCUCUACUUCAUCUCCUUCCUCCUGAUUGUGGCCUUUUUCGUGCUCAACAUGUUCGUGGGCGUGGUGGUGGAGAACUUCCACAAGUGUCGGCGCCACCAGGAGGCCGAGGAGGCCAAACGCCGGGAGGAGAAGAGACUGAAACGCAUGGAGAAAAAGAGACGGAGUAAGGAGAAGGAGCUGGCUGAUUUAUUGGUUCCAGGGGUGAGUUGGGCCCUCUCUGACGGCACACUGAAAGAAGCUCAGAGUAAGCCCUACUACUCCGAUUACUCCCCCACCCGCCUGCUCAUCCACAAGAUGUGCACCAGCCAUUACCUGGACCUGUUCAUCACCAUCGUAAUCGGACUCAACGUCAUCACCAUGUCCAUGGAGCAUUACCAGCAGCCCAAGGAGUUGGACGAGGCGCUGAAGAUCUGCAACUACAUCUUCACUCUCAUUUUUGUUCUGGAGUCUGUCUUCAAGCUGGUGGCUUUCGGCUUCCGACGCUUCUUCAAGGACAAGUGGAACCAGCUGGAUCUGGCUAUCGUGCUGCUGUCCAUCAUGGGCAUCACUCUGGAGGAGAUCGAGGUCAACGCUUCGCUGCCCAUCAAUCCCACCAUCAUCCGCAUCAUGAGGGUGCUCCGGAUCGCGCGAGUGCUGAAGCUUCUGAAGAUGGCUGUUGGGAUGAGAGCUUUGCUGGAUACGGUUAUGCAAGCCCUGCCUCAGGUGGGCAAUCUGGGUCUUCUCUUCAUGCUCCUCUUCUUCAUCUUUGCAGCGCUUGGAGUGGAACUGUUUGGCGACUUAAUUUGCGACGAGCUCCACCCGUGCGAAGGUCUGGGUCGCUACGCUACGUUCCGAAACUUCGGGAUGGCAUUUCUGCUGCUCUUCAGGGUUUCCACCGGCGACAACUGGAACGGUAUCAUGAAGGACACGUUGAGGGACUGCGCCCAUGACACCAGCACCUGCUACAACACCGUGGUCUCCCCCAUCUACUUUGUAUCCUUCGUCCUGACCGCCCAGUUCGUCCUGGUCAACGUGGUGAUCGCCGUCCUGAUGAAGCACCUGGAGGAGAGCAACAAGGAGGCCAAGGAGGAGGCGGAGCUGGAAGCGGAGUUGGAGCUGGAGCUGCAGAUGGAUGUGGGGGACAUGGCGGCCCGGUCGCCCCAGCUCAACCCCCUGGCGCUGGGCAUGGACCGGUCCAGUUCAGGGGGGUCCCCUUGGAGGUCCACUGGGGGAGGGGACAUGGAGCAGGAAAGGGGCGGUCCUAUGGACUCCCCCACUGCUGAUAUCACAAGAGACUCUGUCAGCAUCAGAGCAGAGCCCCCUUCGUAUCUGGAGCCCCAGCUGGAGUUUGUCCAGCGAAGAGCUCAGUUUGACUCGGUGUCCCUGGUCAUCCAGGGUUCAAUGGAGGGGGAGUUGAGUUUGAUGGACAACCUGUCCGGCUCUAUCUGCCACUACUACGCGCUGCCCCCCAAGCCCAGCAAGCACAGCUCCGACAAGAAGAUCCCUCUAGCGGAGAUGGAAGCUCUGUCUCUGGCCUCUGAGAAAUCCUGGUCCCUAGCUCUGACAGACGACUCGGCCCCCGACGAUUUUAACCCCCUCUUUCUAAGCAGCCUGGAAUGCAAUACAGAUCAGUUCGAUCCCGAGGAGCCACCGGAGGUCAACCUGCUGAGCGUCAGGAAGCCCGCGGUGGGACGCACGCACUCCCUACCCAACGACAGCUACAUGUUUCUGCCGCCACAGCCGCUCAGCCCCAUGUGUCCGGCUCCGGCUCCGCUUUUAGCACAGUCGCAGGGGCCCCAGCGCUCACUUGGGACCAACAGGGCCCCAUCAGGCUCUAGCACCUCGGUGCGCUCGCAGCCCGAGGAGUUCUCCCAGCAGCUGACCGUCCCCACAGACCUCUUCAGACCCAUCAGCCCCCACAGCCACUCGGACUCAGAGAGCAUACCGCGGCAGCCGCCUCCGAGACGCACGCACACGUUCAGCCGCACGCUCCGCAGACAGGCUGCAGUGUCUACUGAUUCUCAGGAGGCCCUCUGUUCGGACGGGGCAGAGAGCAGUGAAGGACUUGUGAAUGUGGCCUCUCUGGGCCUCCCUCCGUCCCCCACCUCCUCCUCUUCCUCCUCCGCCUCCCCCUCCCCCUCCUGCUCCCAGCAUCAUCACCCCCACCACCUCCACCUCCACCGCCAUCAGCAGCCCGCGCUCUGCCUGGUCCCCGCCACCCCCGGCGCCUCCCCGAAACCGUCCCCGCGCCCCGGCAGCGUGCACACCCAGCAGCACGACCGGCACUGCCUCAUCUCCCCCUCCGAGCCCCCUCCGCUAUUACCAGCUAGGUCGCACCAGCAGGAGGAGGCUUGCGAGGACCGCGAGGUGUCCCUCAUCACACGGGCCGGGUUGGUGGGCAGCGACGACAUCGCCACGGAGGACAGCAGCAGCAGCAGCGGCAACGGCGGCUACGGUAGCUACGCGGGCUGCCCCGAGAGCCGGAGUCCGUGCUUGAGGCAGCUAAAGAGGUUCCACAGCGCCGAGACGCAGGGACGCAGUGCUCUCCUGCCCCGUCCACGCCCCCACUCCUGGCUGGACGACCCACGGCGCCACUCUGUGGAGGUGUGCCCCUCCACGGACUCUAGCCCCCAGCGCAGCACCGCCUCCACCUCCUCCGGGUUCGUGUCCCGGGCCGACAGCCUGCAGAUCCCCGGCCAGGUCCCCGCCCAGACCUCGCUGCCGUCGCCCCGACGCAAGAAGAAGAUGAGCCCGCCCUGCAUAUCAGUGGACCCGCCCGACGGGACGGAGCCACAGUCCGGCCUCUACCCGAGCCUGGGCCUGGCGGGGUUAGGGAUGCCCCCUCCUCUGCCCAGCAGGGACACCUGCCUGAGGAGGAGGGCGCCCUCCAGUGACUCCAAGGACUCCUUUGACCUGGGAGUUGGUGACGGUUCGGGGCAGGAAGGAGGCUCUCCGAACCCCGGCGCCAACCCUAAGCUAUUAACUCUCCCCAGUUUUUCCUUUGAGAAGACGAGCUCUGAGCACUGAACACUGACCGACGACGGACACAACACCACACACACAAACCACGCAAACACGUACAUCGACAGCUGGACAAACCCUCCACACACACAAAAACACAUGAUGCACUCCGUGUGUCUGUGAUGGUGAUAGUUCUAGUAAUAAUGCUGUAGAAAGUAAUAAUGGUAAAACUACAACAAACAGUGAAAACAUCCUUGGUUUCAUGAGGAGUGCGGUACUGUAGUAGUGUGACCAUCCCUCGUCUUUGUAUUGUUACUGCCAAAACUACCAGAGAAGAAGUGACACCACAAACAUUUUUUCUUCCACCAACGGCCACACGACGCUGGCUACGGCUCGAGCCCCCCCGCCUUUCCCCCCCGACACACGGAGGGAACAUUAGCACCUGGGAUUUGGCGCCCCCUGUGGCCGCCAUCUGAACUGGUGCUGCACUGGGUGGACCUGGUCAGUGGGAGGUAAAAAGCAAUAUGAACGUUUUAGAGACACUAUUUUCUUAAAUUAUUGGGCCAUAGUGUUUGUACAGGAUGUUGUUUUUAAUUUCAUUCGAUUGUUAUUUUCAUGUCUCUUUUGUGACUUUUUUUUUUUUUUUUGUCAAAAAUGGUUUGUCUUUGUCUUUCUUUUUCACUGUAGGAUAUUUCUAGCUUUCUUGGUUUACUGAGAAAAGUGAACGUUUUUCAAAGUGCUGAAAACCAUGUAUUUGUAGGAAUAAUAUAUAAAUAUAUAAAUAUAUAUAUAUAAAAAAUGAGUCAUUAAACUGAGCUUGGAUUUUUAAGCACA